AUGUCCCUGGGAAAUUGGAAUUCCCAAAGCAACUGGACCAUUACCUCCUCCGCCUCUAUCCGCGACUGCAUAACUUUCCAAUCCUCUUCCUCUCUCUUCAACGACGAUUGCCAAACCGAUCCCACUCCUCUCUUUCUUCAUUCUCCUUCGCCAGAUUCUGCUCCUUGCGAGAUCAAGAUUACUUUUCCGGAGAAACACGAGCUCAGACAAAUCUACGUUCGAAGCACUGCUCGCGUCUACGAGAUAUACUUUGCGCCCAACGCCCGCACCAACAACGACUAUCUCUGCACAGUUCGAUGCGGUGUUGCUGUUAGAGACGAUCGUGUUCUUCGUUCCCCGGCUGUUCAACAUCUCAGUGUCGAUAAUGUUAAAACUGAAGAUGAUUGGGUUGAGGUCAAAGUUCCUGAUUCUCCGAACGUCGCGUCGCACACGAAAUCCUACCUCAAUUCCACGGAAAAAUAUCAGCCUCAGGAUAUUUAUGAGGCUACAGCAGAGAUUGAUGAUGCAAAUCCUUGCAUUUCUGUUACUAUUCGGCUGCUCUCGCUUCAGAAUAAAGGCUGUGUUUAUGUUGAUGAGAUUUUUUUGUUUGCUGAUCCUGUUGAUUCAGCUGAAUCAGAAAGCGAAGAAAAGCAUGAUGAAAACUCGUCUGGCAGUUCCCUCAUGGCUAUGUUUAUUCCCACUUUAAUGCAAUUAUCCAAGACAACAGGGCUCAGCAAUCUAAAUGCUCUUAGAAAGGAAAAGCCACGUGCUCCGGGGGAUGAUUUGGAAGCAACUGUCACUAGUGAUUCUGUAAUUAAAACUCAGCUGAAAGGAAACAGUAGCAUAACUGAUCCUCAAGAAGUGAAGUUGAAUGAGGUAAAGGGAGGUUGGGUGGGUUCAUCCCAACCAGAGGCAUUCUCACAAAAUGCUAAAAUCGAGAGUCACCCCAUUGCAGUACCCUCACAAACGGCUGAAAUGGACAACACUUGCACUGUUGUACCCUCAAAAAUUGCUGAAAUGAAGAACAACCAUAGUCCUGUUCCCUUUGAAUUAGCUAAAAUGGAGUGCAAUCGUAGUGCUGUCCCCUCACAAGUUGGUAUUCCUGAGAGCAAUGGUGGUUUGUCUUUGGGUGGCAACGUAGAAAGAGUCCUGGAACAGCUUUUAUCACGCAUGGACAAGAUAGAAGAAAUCUGUUUGGGCUUUCAAGAAAAAAUGGUAGUGCCCAUGAGCAGCAUGGAGGCAAGACUUCAAACAGUUGAGCGGAAAGUUGAUACAUUGAUCAAGAAUUUGCAGAACUUUGCAUUACCAUCACAUUGUAGAAUUUCUUCUCCUGAUGCUUUUUGUUUAGAUUCAGAUGCCAAUACCAGUGACAAUUGUCCUGUCAUUGGGGAAAGUGAACCAGAUCAUGAGAAACAUUUACACACUGAGGUACCAUGUGUCUCUCUUCACAUGUCCGAUUCGGGAAAUCCUAAUCAAUUGCUCCCAGGUCUUGUAGUUAGAGCUCCUGAGUUUCCUGAUGGCGAGGACGAAGAAGGUAAUGCAUUAGGACAAGAAACAAGUUCUUUGAAAGAUAAAGAAAAACAGACAAUUGAUGCAGCUUUAUCUUCUGCAUUGGCUAAUCUUUUAUCUUCUAUGUCGUUGGACUCUCCAAAGUAUUCAAAAAGUCUAACUGUUAAAGCCCCCGAGUUUUUAAAUGAAGAUGAUGAUGCCGACCAUGAGAGCAACGGUGAGAUAGCCAAAAAUGACAUUGUUCGUCUUGCAGGCAGUGAGGAAUUUAAUCACGUCCAAGUGUUGACUUCGUUCAAUACUUUGGAAAAUGUUAAGAUGAACCUGGAUUCUAAUUAUAGACACUCUGAAAUGACCGCCCAGGAAGCUGAAAAAGAUGACCAACUUUGCAUUGGCAAAGGAGAUCAAGAAGAGGUGUAUGUGAAAACUAAUAGUAUCGCUGAACUCGAUCCAGAGACUGGUUUUAUUGACAACUCUGAAGAAGAUGAAAAUGGAAAAAUCAAUGGUCAGAAAAGUGAUGGUUUGCAGGACAAGGAGACCCCAUUUGGUGAUAGCAUCACCGAGGAAGGACAGUCUGCUGGAACUGAACUUUCUGUUGAAAAACAGGUCCCUAGAAAAACCUUCCAUGAGAACAUCAUAGAGAACGUUCUUGGAUUUUCAAUUGGUUCCUCUGUUGUAGAUUUUGAAAACUCAAUCUUGGAUGUGAAAUUCGUUUCUCAGACAAAUCGUAACACAGAGCGUUUCCUUGAAGACCUUCUGGUUGAUACACAAGAAACCACCAGUUCAAGAGAUCCAUCUGUCAAGGAAAGGAAUAGCAAUCUUUCCGUUGAGGAGCAACUGAAAAGCAACGUUGAUGUCUCAGUUGAGGAGCAGUCUAAUUUGAUUACAAUAGAUGGGGAACCGGGGAAUCCAGUUAGCGAUAGCCAUUUUGCUGUUGACGGAGACUUGUGUAAUUCGAUACCUGCCAACGUCGAAGGCGACGAUAAUCUGCCACUGCCUGAUGAUCAUAAAAGAAAACGUGAUCAUGUAAUUUGGUCAAGUUUCAUGUAA